GUGAAAGUAACAGUUAAAGGAGGCAUAUUUCCCUCAAAAUAACUGCGUCACAUUAUCCUAGCACAAAAAUCAGAGUCAGUAGAGGCGAUAAUCAGACGGACCAGUACAGCUCUGUGUGGAAAGAAUGAGUCAAGUUCAAAAAACCAAAGAUGGAGAUUUUUCUCCAGGAUGCAGUUCACUCCAGCAGAAGAGCUCAGAUUCACCAGAACCCAGCUGUGUGUCCAUGAAGAGUGACUGGUCUAUAGAUCCUCCUCCAGAAAUUAAGGGUGGAGACAGGCAUAGUGUCAGUUCAGUCAAGCAGAAGAGCUCAGAUUCAGCAGAGCCCAGCUGUGUGUCCAUGAAGAGUGACUGGUCUAUAGAUCCUCCUCCAGAAAUGAAGGCUAGAGACAGGCAUAGUGUCAGUUCAGUCAAGCAGAAGAGCUCAGAUUCAGCAGAGCCCAGCUGUGUGUCCAUGAAGAGUGACUGGUCUAUAGAUCCUCCUCCAGAAAUUAAGGGUAGAGACAGGCAUAGUGUCAGUUCAGUCAAGCAGAAGAGCUCAGAUUCAGCAGAGCCCAGCUGUGUGUCCAUGAAGAGUGACUGGUCUAUAGAUCCUCCUCCAGAAAUGAAGGAUGGAGACAGAAGUCAACGUGUAGAUGAUGAUCACUCAUGGCAAAUCAUGCGACCCAGACCAGCAGCAACAGAACCACCCUGUAAGAAAAUGAAAUAUGAUGAGUCUGUGAAUCAACCACAGGACUUUAAUGAAAGCUUGUGUCCUGUUGACAGACAUGAAGUCCUCAACAGAUUUAGAUCAAAUCUGAAGAGGAAGUUUGAGUGUCUGUAUGAGGGAACAGCGACGCAGAGAAACCCAACACUCCUGAAUGAGAUCUACACAGAGCUGUACAUCACAGAGAGUGAGAGUGGAGAGAUCAGUAAUGAACACGAGGUGAGACAGAUUGAGACUCAAUCCAGGAGAGAAGCAACAGAGGACACACCGAUCAAAUGUAGUGACAUCUUUAGAGCUUUACCUGGACAAGACAAACCCAUCAGAACUGUGCUGACAAAGGGAGUCGCUGGCAUUGGAAAAACAGUCUCAGUGCAGAAGUUCAUCCUGGACUGGGCUGAAGGGAAAGAGAAUCAGGACGUCCAGAUCAUAUUUCCUCUUCCUUUCAGAGAGAUCAAUCUGAUGAAGGACAAAACACUCAGUCUUUCAGGUCUCCUUCAGGUCUUUUUCCCUGAAACAAAAGAAAUGGAAAUAUCCAGUAAAAAAUAUAAAGUGUUGUUCAUCUUUGAUGGUCUGGAUGAGUGUCGUCUGUCUCUGGAUUUUCAGAGUGAUGUGAAGUUGUGUGAUGUAAGUGAAUCAGUCUCAGUGGACGUGCUGCUGACGAACCUCAUUGUGGGGAAUCUGCUUCCCUCUGCUCUCAUCUGGAUCACCUCCAGACCAGCAGCAGCUGAUCUCGUCCCGUCUGAGUGUGUCCAUCGAGUGACAGAGGUACGAGGCUUCAAUGACCCACAGAAGGAGGAAUACUUCAGGAAGAGAGUGAGUGAUCAGAGUCUGGCCGAGAGGAUCAUCUCACACCUGAAGUCAUCAAGGAGCCUCUUCAUCAUGUGCCACAUCCCAGUGUUCUGCUGGAUCUCAGCCGCUGUUCUGGAGAAGAUGUUGAGUCGAGCAGAGAGUGGAGAGAUUCCCAAGACUCUCACUCAGAUGUACACACACUUCCUGCUCCUUCAGACCAACAUCAAACAUGAGAAGGACUAUGAGAAGAAGAUGACAGAUGAAGACAUGAUCCUCAAACUGGGGAAACUGGCUUUUCAGCAGCUUGUAAAAGGCAAUCUGAUCUUCUAUGAGGAAGACCUGAGAGAGUGUGGCAUUGAUGUGACAGAAGCAUCAGUGUACUCAGGAUUGUGCACUCAGAUCUUCAGAGAGGAGUUUGGCUGGUAUCAGGGGAAAGUCUUCUGUUUCGUUCAUCUGAGCAUUCAGGAACAUCUAGCAGCUCUAUAUGUGCACCUCUUUUUUAUAAAGAACUGCUCACAAAUGUUCCCUAGUUUGACCUCUGACCUCUCUAUGUUAUUUAAGUAUACUUUAUCAGACAUACAUCAGAGAGCUGUGAAUGAGGCUCUAAAGAGUAAAAAUGGACAUCUGGACCUUUUCCUGCGGUUUCUUCUGGGUCUGUCAGUGGAGUCUCAUCAGGUUCUUUUACAGGAAUUAAUGAAACAGACAAGAAGCAGCUCUGACAGCAAUGAGGAAACAAUUGAGUACAUCAAGAUGAAGAUCAGGACCAUUGACUCUCCAGGGAAAUCCAUCAAUCUGUUCCACUGUCUGAAUGAACUGGGUGAUCAUUCACUAGUGGAGGAAAUACAACAGUAUCUGAAAUCUGGAAAAAUACAUGAAGCCAAACUCUCUUCAUCUCAGUGGUCAGCUGUAGCUUUUGUGUUGUUUACAUCAGAGAAUGAGCUGGAUGUAUUUGACAUUAAUAAUUUUGUUGAAGAAAACAGAGAAACCAGAAAAAUUGAAGUUUUUCAGAAGCUGCUGCCUGCGAUUAACAAAUACAGAUCAGUUCAGUUGAAUAAUUGUGGUUUCACAAAUGAAGCUUGUGCUGCUUUGGCUUCAGCUCUGAGAUUGAACCCUUCAAACCUGAGAGAACUGGCUCUGACUAAAAAUAGAAGUCUAGGAAGUAAUGGAGUAAUUUCUCUCUCUACUGUACUCAGGGAUCCUCAGUGCAAACUGGAGAAACUGAGCUUGUGUGAAUGUGGCAUCACAGAAGAUUGUUGUGCUGAUCUGGCUUCGGCUCUGAGAUCAAACCCCUCACACCUGAGACAUCUGGACCUGUCUGAUAACAGCCUAAAAGACACUGGUGUGAAGUUGCUCUCUGAUGGUCUGAAGAGUCUUCACUCCCUUGAGAUACUGUGGUUGUGGCAUUGUCGUUACACAGAGGAAGGUGCUACUGCUUUGGCUUCAGCUCUGAAAUCAAUCACUGAACACCUGAGAUGGCUGGAUCUGUCUAAUAAUAGAGUAGGACAUUCAUUGACUCUGCUGUCAGAAGUAAUACAGGAUCCUCGCUGUAAACUGGAGAGGCUGCAGUUGUAUUUAUGUAGUCUCACAGUUGAAGGCUGUGCUGCUCUGGCUUCAGCUCUGAAAUCAAACCCCUCACACCUGAUAGCAAUGGAUCUGUCUGACAAUAAUGUAGGUGAUUCUGCAGUAAAUCAGCUCUCUGCUGUACUGGAGGAUCCUCGCUGUAAACUGGAGAGUUUGUGGUUGAGGGGUUUUGGGAUCACAGAUGAAGGUUGUGCUGCUCUGGCUUCUGCUCUGAAAUCAAACCCUGGACACCUGAGACAAUUGAUUCUGCAUAAUAAUAAUAUAGGACAAUCAGUAAGGAAGUUGUUUACUGAUAUGAGGGAUGAUCCACAUUACAUACUACACCACGUGCAAAUCUGACUUUAGACGUCAGUCCAGUUUCCCCAGGAUCAGCUGAUGGUGAAUAAAGAGCCAAUACAGAAGCACAAUCACACAAUCAAUAGAGACUCAAGACAGAUUUUGCUUUAUGCUGGUCUGUUCUUUUAAAUUACAGAUUUCCACAAUGAUUUUUUAGAGGACCUGAAAUCACUUUAUCAUUUAAAACUCAAUUUUAUAAACAAGGGCCCAUGAAAGCACCAUCAGCGAGUUGGAAUUGUUUAAGAUUCACUAUAUAUUAAUUACAAUGUAGCUGUAACACUAAAUACACUACAAGUGUACACUGUACACUUUUUAACAAAUUUUCUUGGACUUGAGAAUAUUUAAAAAAUAACUCAAGUAUUUUAUCCUUUACUCAUUUCAUGAAGAAAUAACUUUUACUUAUAAGCUUUUACUAUAACUGCAUCAAGUAUAUACUUGUUGAUGUAGAUGGGACUCUUAUCAUAUUUGAAACACAGGACAUAUUUCGGCUGAUGCUGAUGCUGAUUCUGGUGUUGCCUGCUUCACUUUUAGCCAGUCAGCAGUCAAAUGUGAUGAUACAUGAUUGAUGGGUUUUUAGCGUGAUAAGGGAUCAGAUUUUGAUUGCAUUGUGUAUUCAAGUGCUCACAAUGCCAGAGAGGCCUGAAUACAAGUUACACUAAAGAGUGACUCCACUCUCAAAAUGUGAGGUACACCUGUGGAGGGCGAUGAUAUGAAGGCUCUAAUAUCAUUGUAAUUCUGAAACUAGAGCACAGUUGAAUAAUUUAAUCAAAAUCCAAACUGAAUAUGGCACAGUGCUAAAUUCUGUUCUGCUUCCUGAAAGACUAUCUCUACUUCUGUCUGAAGUUAAAGUGUGUUAUUGUUUAUUUUGACUAGGUGUGUGCAUGAAGGAGUGUGAAAUACCUGCUAUUUACUUUGCUUAUUCUGAUCACUUAUUGUAUAUUGGGCACUUUUUGAGUUUAAAUGGGCUUAAUCUGACUGUUGACAUUGAAAAGGUGCACGUGUUUAUUCAAGGAUAUCAGUUAAUUUCUUGAUUGCGUGUCUGCCUUUGUGUUCGAUUUGCGGUGGGGGGGGGGCAUCGCAGCUCACAAAAAGUGCUCUCCAGUGCUCACAUGUGGGCGUUUUCAGCAGCCUAAAAACGCUUUGGUGGACACAGGGCCUAACUGCUCAAAAACUGUGUUAAUUUAAUUAAGGAGAUUAUUACUGAUGAAAAUGUUCAUCAGGUGAAGGCUAUUUUUGUGUCAACGAUGAAAAAGCAGGGUUUUUAACUCUCACAAAUUGUGCGUGAGACACACAUGCAUUGAUUAUUAUGCCGGACAAACAUGCAGAUCAACCGUUUUUGUUAUGAAUUGUAUCCUAUUUUACGUUAUUACGUAUAGCCAAUACAAUUAGUGUAGUAUUUGAGAUUAAAUAGAGAAAAGGGUUUUAAAUUCAAUGCAAAGAGGCAAAUUAAAGUCAUUUUGUGGCCAGAAAAAUAAUAAUUUCCAUUUGCAAUGCCAUUAUUUACCCACCCAAAUAAAUAUACAUGUAUCUAGUCUAGUUGCUCAAAAGAGUAUUCCAGGUCAUAACUGCUUAUUUAUUUUUGAAGUUUUGCUUAAGUUUUGCUUUUUUCCAACACUAGAUUUUCAAAUGAUACGUUUUAAAAAGAUACUCGUAUAAGCACACACAAGUGAAUAUUAAUUAAUGCAAGAAAAUACUGAAUUUAACCCAAGAAAAGUAAGUACAGUAGGCCUAUUCAUGUGACCUGAUAGUGAAUCAAGAGAUCGAAAUUGAUUAAUGCUCAUUAGCAUCGUAAUCAUAUAAAAUUCUUUCUAUUUUUUCCCUCUUGUAGAAACACUAUUGUGACAAAACAUAUUUAAUGUAGUCUCUCAUUCACCACUAUAGAAGUUUACCCAACUAUGACAACUUCCACUAGAAAAUAUGAAAGGGUUAUGUAACUACAUUCAAGAUAAAUUCAUUUUUUUAUGAAAUAAAAUGCAUACAUGUGCACUGUUCAAAGUAUAUCGAUUUUUAUUUAAAGGGGGGUGAAAUGCUCGUUUUCACUCAAUAUCCUGUUAAUCUUGAGUACCUAUAGAGUAGUACUGCAUCCUUCAUAAAUCCAAAAAGUCUUUAGUUUUAUUAUAUUCAUAAGAGAAAGAUAGUCUGUACCGAUUUUUGCCGGAAAAACACGAGUGCCUGGAGGCGUGACUUGUGGGCGGAGCUAAAGAUUCACGAGCGCGAAUAGGCUUUUGAGUUGAGAGCAUGUGGAAGCUGUGACAUUAUCGUGAGGGAAAAACCAUCAUCCAAAACAAACCAUGGUUUACAGUCAGAUUCAGCCGUUUAUUUAUGAUCCAGAAUCAGAUCUAGAGGCUGAAACUGAACGAGAGCAGCAGCAGCAACGACUCGCUCCGAGCGGGGCUCGAACCCGGGUCUCGGCAUAGGAGGGGACGCACUAACAAGGAGGCAGAGAUAUUUGAAGCUGUUUUACUCACCGUCUGCGGUUCCAACACACGAUCGUGACCCUUUUUCCUUGGGAUUGCAUCAUCCUUAAGAAAUAAACGAUACGCAAAUCCGUCGUCAAACUGGGCCUUGUGAACAAGCCUCUUCGAAAUGCAGGGAACAAACACAAACACUUGCACAACUCCGUUGAUGCUCUGUAAAAAUAAACUCCAUCCACUGGUCCCUUAAUGCUGUUUUUUUUUUUUUUUGGUAAUCUGUGCAGGGUUGUCUUGCCCUGGCAACCAAAAACACACUUCUUCUGUGACUUUUCGCGAGGCUCUCGCUCUGAUCAGUGAAUCGCUCUGAUCAGUGAAAUGUCUGCUCAACCUCGCUAUAUGGGAGUGCGCGCUCUUCCGGCAGAAGUGCGUCAGGACCCAUAUAAGGAAAUUCCGCUCCAUCUAACGUCACACAGAGCCAUACUCGAAAAAAACUUUCCGAAACUUGUGACAAACCGGAAGGAGUAUUUUGGGAACAAAAAUACUCCUUCAAAUGUACAACUUAAUUUUGGAAACUUUGUCCAUGUUUAGCAUGGGAAUCCAACUCUUUAACAGUGUAAAAAACUCAGUAUGCAUGAAAUAGCAUUUCACCCCCCCUUUAAUUUUACAUAUAGUAAAUGCUCAGCUGCAAAAACAUGUUCUGAAACACACAAAGAAAAUGAAAUUCACAAGUAAAGUAAAUAAAAUUCUAUAAUUAUAUGAAAUAAAUAAAUACAAAUAUAUAUUAAGAGUUUUUAUUUUAUUUUUUGUGGGGUGGGGGGGCUUGGAAAAUACAUUUUCAGUAAAUACUAAAUCUCAGCACAAAUCAUCUCAAUACUCCUUGAAUGUCCAUUGAUAAUUAAAUUUUUCUCUUUUUGCAGAUAUUUUGUAAUUAUUAUAAAAUAGCUUUUAUAAUGAUCUUACACUUUUGCUAAAAUAAGACUGUAAUAUUUGAAAACAUUCUCUCUGCAUUUGAGGUAAAUGUAAAAGCAUUUUAAAUUCUGAGUUACUGAGGGGAGGAAUUGCUUUUCUUCUUCCUUACCAGCAGAGGGCAGGAGAAAUGCAAAUUAUUUUUGCAUUUUUUUCUAGUACAUUGUCAAUCGAUGUGUGAUGAUAAAAACACACACACUCACACACACAAAACUUUUAUGAUUUCCAAUUACAGUGUAUCCAUUUAAAGAAUUAGCAAAGUUAUUAACAUUUACUAUUAUUGAACAUUUACAUUAAUAGAAAUGCUAGUUUGAUCUCUUUUCCGUGUCAAUUUCAUUGACAUUUAGCAUUUUAUAAUAUAUGUAUAUACUUAAUGACCUAUGAUACUAGUUAAUGUGCUUCUAAACAGGUGAAUAUUUCACAAAUUAAUCUCCAUCGUGACUCACCAGUUAAUAAGAACCUGUCACAAUAAUUACAUUCCUUCUCACUUAGGCAAAAAAUCUAUUUAUGUAUAAUAUUGUAAGUAUGGUGGGUUUUGUUGUCAUAGUAUUUUAAGGAAAAGACUACAUUCAAGGAGCCUUAUUGUUCCCUAUCACAGAGAACCAUUUAAAGCUGUUAAACAUGCAGAAAGGAGAUGGGCAGACACUAAUAACAGAGGUUAAUCACACAUACAGAGAAAGAUACAAGGAGUCUGAUUAUUCCAGAUGUUACAAGCUCGACUAUACUGAGAUCUGCUCUGAGGAGGAAACAGCUGUGCAGAAGCACAAGGUCAUAGAUCCAUAAUCCUGCGCUGUGCCACGCUAGAUUAAAAACUAUCCGUUUUGAUUAAGAAAGCAGGGUUAGAGGAUUACGGUCCAGCGAACAAAAAUGAAAGCAGUUCUACACUCAAUCCCAGAGUUCAUCAAAAACACAAACCUCAGACUGUCAUCUCGACCGCAGAUUAAUGCAAAAGCUUCUUUCAAGCUUCUGUGCAGCUCAAACUCAUUCAGCAGAAGAGAUGCUCUGUGGAAAAAAGCAUAACACACGACAACUAUACUCUUCUGUUGAAGCCGUUUCUGCCACAUAUGAAAAAACAAGCUGUGGUGAAUCAGAAUUAUGUGAUAAAAAGUCGAAAUUAUAAGAUAAGUCAUUAUUUUUUUGUCAGGUCAAUUACAAUUCAGUCACUUUUGACUUUCUCAUAAAUUCACAUUUUUAUUUCAUAAUAAUGACAUAGUAUGUCAUAAUCAUGAAUGUCAUCCUUUUAGAAUUUUAAUCUCAUAAUUUGGAUUUUUUUAUAUAUAUAAUUAGGAAUUUUGAUGUCAUAAUUUAGUCAUUUAAUCUCAAUGUCAUAACAAUUGACUUUUUACGUCACUUACUUUAUCUCAUAAUUAUGACUUGGUGUUUAAUGAUUAUUAUUUUUGUCAUUUUGACUUUUUAACCCUUAACUAUAAUUAACCAAAGCCUAAUAUUUUUUUUUCUGUGAUGGAAAUGAUCUUCCAUACCAUUGCCUUGUUCAUUAACUAGACCAAAAAAGAAAACCUAAAAAAAAACUUUAAUAGGUGACAAGUUAUGAAAAAAGUGUUUUGUAACCCCAAAAGGUUUCUUAUAGCAAAGAAAGAUGGUUAAACAUGUUUGCAUUAUAUCAAGUGUCUGUGUCUGCACUCAAUGUGUCCUGUAUUUCUUUUAAUACAUUUUUUUAUUUUAGUCCCUGACAGAAUAAAUAAUAAUCAAAAGCAGAGGGAAAA